ACAGGCUGUGGAGGUAAUUAUCGUGGUUCCUUCGGUACUAUCACAUCUCCCGAUUAUCCUAAUGCCCUCCGAAGUAGACGGGUAUGCACUUGGGAAAUUUCAGCACGUGAAGGCCGAAGAAUCAAAGCUACUUUCACCGGGUUUAACUUGCCCAGGGAGGCUUCAGGCACGUGCACCAGCUAUGUACAGUUCAUCAAUGUUUUCCUUGAAAGAAGAGCCGAAUACAGAGCAAGUCCUGCGUUGUGCGGCAGCUCUCUUCCUCCAGAAAUCAGUUUUUAUGCUUCCACAAUUAAAGUUAUAUUUUACACUGGUGGGCUUGCAGCUGGGCAAGGUUUCUCUUUAAAUUAUUCAACUGAAGAGGAAGCAGUGUGCGGAGGAUCUCUUCUUUUGCCUAGUGGAAACAUUUCUACUCCAGAUUUUACAACGGUGAAUGAUUCUUAUGUAUACUGCAAUUGGAGGGUGCAUGGAGAUGGUCUGGACAAUCGGACUGUUGUGUUUAAGUUUGAUGUACUAGAUGUUCCAGGUCUCAGGAUCAAUCUCUGUAAGAACAGUGGAGUGUUUGUUUCCUCAGGAACAAGUUAUGGCGCAUUGCAUUCUCAGUUACUUGGUACGUAUUGUGGCAACUAUACAUCACCAGUAAUGUUCACCUCACCUUUAACUUCCACUUCAGUUCGGUUCUUGGCCCGAUUAGAUAAACCUUUCCGAGGGAUUCGUGGGUCCUAUAACGUCAGUAACUGCGGUGGAUUCAUCAACCUGUACAGCAAUAUAAACAUUACUUCACCAGGAUAUCCAAACGGUUAUCCACCUAAUACUGACUGUCACUGGAUUAUAAAAGCUCCAUAUGGGAAGGAAAUAGUGCUAACAACAAUGGACCUUCAUCUGGAGAAUGACUGCAACCGCGACUACGUUUCGAUUUUCAAUGGAGUACGUUUCAACUCUCCACUAGUGGGAAAGUUUUGUGGUGACCAUAAUCCAUCUCCAAUUACAUCGACAAGCAACUACCUUGUUGUGAAAUUCCAUUCAGACGAGUUCGGAACUGCUCCUGGAUUUUGGAUGACUACAUCGGAGGUUCAAAGAGGUUGUGGAGGCAUAAUUAGUAUGACGAGAGGAAGCAUCUCCUCGCCUAACUAUCCAUCCAACUACGGAAACAAUGUAGAGUGCACCUGGAAUAUCGAAUACUUGCCUGGAAGUACUGUAAAGCUGGAAUUCGUGGGGCGCUUUGAUAUCGAAAUGAGUAAUGUUUGCGACAAGGAUUAUUUACUUAUUGAAGAAUAUGAUGAUAAUGACGAAACAUGGCUGUUCAAAGAAAGAAUGUGUGGAUUGACUACACCUGAACCAUUAAUCAGCCGAGGCACGAAAAUAAAAAUAACUUUCCGUUCUAAUUCUGAAAUAACUGGUGAUGGCUUCAAGAUACAGUACUCAUUAGGCUGUGGAGGCAAUUUUACAAAGAACAGAGGGCAAAUAUUUUCUCCUUAUUAUCCUGAUGUCUAUCGUGGAACUCUCAACUGCACUUACACCAUUGGAAAAGCUGGGCAGUACAUAGGAAUACAGUUUGAAGAUUAUUAUACUGAUCAUUCUUAUUCAAAAAGGAACCCGGCAUGCGCAUCUGCUUAUUUGGAAAUAUACCAGAAAGAAGUAUCUGAAUCCAACAAACAAGGCAUAUACUGCGACGGAAUUCCACCAGCCAGUCGUACUUUACUUGGACCAGUCACGAUAAGAUACAUUAAUUCCAAUGCAAAUACUGCUCAUGGAUUUGACUUAAAAUACGAAGUUUUAGAUUGUGGUGGCAUUCGUACUGAUCCAAGAGGUGUGAUAUCUUCUCCGUCGCACUACGACUCGCAUCACUACUGGAACUGUAUCUGGCAGAUAGAAGCUCAACCUAACAAAGUCAUAGCUCUCAAAUUUUCUGAUUGGGAUCUUAAACCUUCUGCCGGAUGUUUGCGUAAUUUUUUAGAGAUAACUGACGGAAACAUUUCAGGGCCUGUUCUUGCUCGCAUCUGCGGUAAGGGUAGAAUGACUUUCAAAUCUACCGGAAACCAACUAACUGUGUGGUAUUCUACAUCCGAGGACACGAGCAACACAUUUUCGGCCGUUUAUUACAAUACAUACGGUGUCUCUCAAGGUUGUGGUGGCGUUCAUAGCGUAUCGAACGGAGAAAUCGGGCAAAUAUUAACUCCAGAUGUAAAUCCAGAUGGAUCUUACGAACCUAACCUUGACUGCAGUUGGCUGAUCGUCAGUUCUUCUCCUGACCAAGUGAUUUUGCUGAAUUUCACGUCUUUCAACAUAGAGGACGCAAGUAAUAACUCAUGCAUUUUUGAUUACCUAGAGGUGAGAGAUGGUGUAUCGAAAGACAGCCCCCUCAUAGGCCGCUACUGUGGCUCCAUUGCUCCGUCACCUAUCAUUACAUCCGGAGAUAAAGUAACCGUCAUUUUCCACUCAAAUAAUGACAUAAACUUGGCUGGAUUUGUAUUCAGAUACUCUGUAAUUCCAUCCCCAUGUGGACCUUCCUCUCUGACUGCUUUAUCAACAGCACAAAAUUUCACAUCCCCGAAUUACCCGAAUCCCUUUCCAGACAACCUCCGAUGUAGUUGGAUCAUCACCAGCAAUGCAUCCAAUACGCAAGCAUCGUAUUCGAGGUCGGUGCAGGUUUCUGUCAACGAUCUAAACAUUCCUUGUGGUGGAGAUUAUGUGGAAAUCAUAAAAGAUAACCAGAAGCAAAGCAUGUCUAGCGUCCGACUGUGUGGUUCUGAAUAUCACCAUCAUGAUAUCACUAUGCCCAGUGGAUCUGUAGUCAUUUUUCACAGUGAUGGAGCAAAUAACGGAGCUCGCGGCUUUUCAUUCUCAUAUAAAAAUGCAGACUGCAACAGAACUUUUGUAAAAGACAAUGGUGUUUUAUCCAAUCCGGAUUAUCCCGCGUCAUUCAUGGACAAGAUCUGCGUAAUGACCAUCAAUGCUACUGCAGGGAAAACCGUUUCGCUCUAUUUUAAAACUCUUUCUAUAUCUGCAUCCGAAAACUGCUCCAGAAAUAAUGUGAAGGUUUACGAUGGUCCAGAUACCUCAGCCCUUCUUUUGGAUACAUUUUGCGGUUAUGAGGUGCCUACUCCCGUAUUUUCAACCGGAAGCUUCCUUCAUGUAGUAUUUACAGUACCGGAUGAAAAUGGACGUUUUUACGCUACCUACACUACAACGGAUCAGGGAAGAGGAUGUGGAGGACGAUUUCAAGCUCAAGAAGGAGCUCUCUCGAGUCCACUCUAUCCCGAGCCGUACAACAGGUCUGCAGAGUGUAUUUGGUACAUUUCCGUCCCUAAAUAUUACAACGCCAGGGUUACUUUCACAGCUUUUGCUCUCAAUUCCACGGACGAGUGCGAUACAAAUUACGUCGAACUCUACGAUGGUCACACUGUUGACAAUGGGAAAAGGAUUGCUAGAUAUUGUGGAUCUGAUUCACCAGCUCAGCAUGACUCUCAGAAUAAUAAGAUACUUGUAAAAUUCGUCUCAAGUCCUUCGAAUGACAUGCCUGGAUUUACCAUGACCUUUGAGUCCACAAACAAAUACUCAGAAGAAUCGUUAUCAUUGUUUGAACGAUAUUCGAAUGAGCAAGAAGAAGCAUAUCACUCAGAUUAUUAAUUAAAUCUGUGAAAAAUACGAUAAUUUAUUUUCAAACAGAAUAUUAUGAAUAAGUUAUUAUAUUUUUAUUAUAUUUCUUCAUGAAGGUUUUUAUUUUUUUCAUAUCUUUGGAACUUCGAUGCCAAAGAAGACGAUAAGGUAUUUUUCAUAGAUUCGAAAUGUUAGCUAUUAUCACUGAAAUAAUUUUCUUUCGAGGUAAACAAAUGUCCAUUUCGAAAGCACUGCUACAUUAUUGUAACAUUUUUAAUUUAAAUAUUCUUCAGAUUUACUUCUGUCUGCUAUCGAGAAUAUAGUAUUUAUGAAUUAUUUUCUGCAAUAAAAUGUU